GAUUUGCAGAACCAAGAGAGCAGAGUUCAAAGCUCUCGAACCCUAAUUGAAGAAGUAAAAGAAUAAGAAGAAGAAGAAGCUAUCGUCAUCACAAUGAGGCGAGCGCUUCAACUGAGAAAUCAUCUCUUCACUCAUCAGACCUUCAGACCGAAUCCGAAUGCCGACCGCCAAGCUCUCACUUCUUCAAUCUCGUCCCUCACGAGGCUUUUCUGUUCCCAAAACGAUUCCUCCGGUGAAAACCCCAACUCUAGCCCUAGCACUCUUCAACAGGAAACGAGCUUGGCGCCUCAAGCCGAGAAGAAGAAAGAGGUCUCCAUUAACGUUGAGGACGUCAGUAACAAAGAGCUGAAGAUGCGUUUAGAGAAGUACUUCAAAGGUGAUGAAGAGGCACUCCCAUCAAUAAUGGAAGCAAUUUUGGCAAGGAAGUUAACUGGAAAGCAUGAGGAAACUGAUGAUGAAUUGAUGGAUGAGCUUCGGAUGAAGCCACUAGAUGAUGUUAAAGACAAAGAAUUUGAAUCUGAUUUUGAGGAAUUGUAUGAGACUGAUGAAGAAAUUGAUGAUUUGUAUAAUGCAAGGGAUAUUGUGAUGAAGAGGAUGAUGAAAGAUGAGUACUUCAACAUGGAUGAAAAGAAGUGGGAAGGUAUGAUUAAGGAGGCAACUGAUCAUGGCUUUCUUAAGGACAUGAGGGAGUGCGAGGGAAUACUAGAGGACAUGCUUAGCUGGGACAAGCUCCUCCCAGAUGAAAUAAAGCAGAAAGUGGAAGAUAAAUUCAAUGAGAUUGGUGAUAUGGUUGAAAGAGGGGAGAUUGAAGUUGAAAAAGGUUAUGAACUUUUCAAGGAGUUUGAAGAUAAGAUGGUCUUGGAAUGCGCAAAGAUGAUGGAGGCAGAUGGGCCUCCACAGUUUGAUGAAACUGCUGUUAUAGACAGAAAAAAGGAUUUAGAUGAUCCACCGGGUGAGGGACCAAUUCUUAGGUGGCAAACACGUGCAGUGUUUGCUCCUGGGGGUGAUGCAUGGCACCCUAAAAACCGAAAAGUUAAGAUGGCUGUUACUGUCAAAGAGCUUGGGCUUUCAAAGCAUCAAUUUCGUCGUCUAAGAGAACUUGUUGGAAAGCGGUACCAUCCAGGAAAAGAUGAGCUAACAAUUACCAGUGAGAGGUUUGAACAUCGGGAGGAGAACAGAAAGGAUUGCUUAAGAACGCUAUUUUCCCUAAUUGAGGAAGCUGGAAAAGCCAAUAAGCUUGUAGAGGAGGCCCGAACUUCUUAUGUCAAGGAGAGACUUAGAGCCAAUCCAGCCUUCAUGGACAGGUUGCGUAGUAAGGUAGUGCGAAUGAAGGAAUCUAGUUCUUUGCCUGCAUAAAGUAAUGGUUAGCAAUGGAAGGAAAAACUAGAAACACACCCACACACACAAAAAAAAAAAAAAAAGGUGGUCUUUUGUUAGGCCAACAACUAAUAAAAUUUCAUUUAUUUUGAAUUUUCAUGUUUUAACAUAUUUUGUUUCUUUUAUAAUAUAUCCUUUUGUUUUCUUUUCCCCCA